GAGCCACUGGGGGGCGCCAGUCUGAGCCUCCUUUGAAAGCAAGCAACCAGCCCAGCCCAGCAUAACACAGCUACUGCAUUGCAAAGCUGGGAUUUGAACCCCAAACAUCUAGCUGCAGACUCCCUACAGGAUCUAUUUGCUAGUUUUGUUUUGUGUAUCCCACGCACACAGAACGUUAUCUGCGUGAGCCGCUAGCCCCCCGCUUCGCCCUUAGAACCGCGUCCUGCGGGCAGCAGCAACCCGAAUAUAAGGACAGCUUGGCCUUAUAAGACGCGUCGGCCACGCCUCCCCGAGCCGUCCCCACUCUGCGCUGAUUGGCCAUCGGUCAUGACUGACGGAAGAACCAGCGCGGGUGCGCCAGGCCCCGCCCAGGUUGUCUCCCGCCUUCCGCCGCCCCUCCCUGCGUCUGUUUGGCCAUUGCUGCGGAGUGACGGAGAUUCAAACCAAUGGGAACUGGAGGCUCGGGGUCAUGGGGCGGGCCCCGCGGGCAGUCAAAUUUGCGCGCGCGGGUCUCGUCAUGGCGGCCUUCCGCGACAUCGAGGAGGUGAGCCAGGGGCUGCUGAGCCUGCUGGGCGCCAACCGUGCCGAGUCUCAGCACCGGCGGCUGCUGGGGCGUCACGAACAGCUGGUGGAGCGGCUGCUGGAGGCGCAGGACAGCGGCGAGCAGCGGCUCCGAGAGAUCCUGGCCGCCGAGGAGGAGGUGGCGCGGAGCCUGCUGGACGCCAAGGAGCGGGCGCACCGCGGCGGCGCCGAGCUGCAGCAGCUGGACGCCGAGCUGCAGCGGGCGGCGGCCGAGGACGCGGGGCUGCAGGCCGGCCUGCUCCAGCUCAGCCGGGAGCUGCAGGAGCUCAAGGAGACAGAGGCAGAGCUGGAGAGACAGGAGAGGGAGGUGGACGAGGACGUGACCGUCACCAUCCCCGCCGCCGUUCCACCACGGCCCCAGCGUGGCGCAGCCCAUCCACCUGGACAGCACUCAGCUCUCCAAGAAGUUCAUCAGCGACUACCUCUGGAGCCUGGUGGACACCUCGUGGUAGCCGGCAGCGCGGCCCACAGACCCGAGCCUCACGGCUGUGUCCUGCCCUCACUGCCCCGGCCAGGGGACCCGCGAGCUGGCGGGGCCGCACUCUGUGGCGUUCCCAGCUCCGUGCUGGGUGCAGGGCCCCCCACCCCUCCCCACCCCAGCCACACACAGGUCCCACCUGGCCGGACAGGGCAGGUGUCCCGGCGGCCAGGAGUGACCGGGUGCCUGGGCUUCCGGGGUGAGGCCUUGAUCCUUGGAGGCUGCGGGCACACUGAUUAUGGGAUGUGGGUGCCGAGGCCGCCGGAAAAGACAGGACGGUGCUGAGAGGCUGGGCCCAGGUGUCCAGGGCCCUCGUUACAAGGACGAAGGACCAUAGGCUGGCCGGGGCCCCUGCCCUUGUCACUCCGGCUCUGAGUGUGCGGCUUGUGUGGGAGCCCCAAAGGGAUCUCCUGGGUGCCCCCCGACACUGUCUAGGCUCAUAAAAUACAAGUGCAUGUGACUUCUAGAA